AUGGCUAUGAUGGGCGCAAGCAAGAAGUCCCACCAAUUUCUUCUUGCCUUUCUCGCUGCGUUCUCAAUUUUCUAUUUCCUCCAGUGUGAAUUGUGUCCUGCUAGCAAAACUAACAAUGCUCUCUCAAAUGAUUUCAAGGCCAGUUUCUUUGUUAUGACAUGUAAUAAGCUGAGCUAUAUCUCUCCAACUUCAUCAAGACGGCUGGACUUUCAGUCAACAUCCUUGGUUCAUCUCUCCUUGUUGCUCCUUCUCAGUGGACAAGUUGAAACAAAUCCAGGUCCGCAUACAAAUGGUUCAGAAGGAGUGUAUCCAUGUGCUAUCUGCGGAGAUUGUGUACGUGACAGUGACCCAGCGAUUCUGUGUGACACAUGCAACUACUGGUGUCACAUCUCCUGUGUUGGAAUCUCAGCACGUAGUUAUGAUCAGCUUCUUGCAAAGUCUAGAAGUUUUGCCUGGAAUUGUUUCCAGUGUGGAUCCAUAAACAUCGGAUCUAGCUCUUCUCUCCAAGGCCUUGAUUUCACAGAUACGAAUAGUUUCUCUCCUCUCGAUGACAGCCAGCUCGACUCUUCAACUUUUGAUAGCUUUCCUGUUACAUCUACACCAACUCGUAGCUAUGAUAGUCCCUCAUCAGCUCGUCCUCACUUUUCAUCCCCACAACCUCGCUCAUCGAAGAGAAAACAGAAGGCUUUCAAGGUCAUGACUUUAAAUUGUAAUGGCCUUAAAGGUAGUUCAAAAAGGUCAAGUUUUCAUGCAGCAAUCACUCAACACUCCCCGGACAUUAUAUUAGGCUGUGAAUCAAAGCUCAACACUGACAUCCCUACUUACUCCAUCUUUCCUAGCAACUACAUAGUGUUCCGCAAAGACCGAAAUCAGCAUGGGGGAGGAGUUUUUAUCUCUGUCCGUGAUGAUAUUACAGUCAGCGAAUGCCCACAUCUUGCUACAGACUGUGAACUGUUGUGGUGCACUAUUGAGUUAACAAAUACCAAAAAGCUUUUUCUGGGGUCUUACUACUGCCCACCUAACGACCGCCAAGCUAGCCUUACUGGAUUGGAAAACUCCCUUGCUUCGUUGAUGGGAAACCGACGUGCUCAUCCUAACAUCCUGAUUGCAGGUGAUUUUAAUCAUCCUGACAUCGACUGGGAUGAACAGACUACAACCAAUCCUAGCUCUUCAGUUACUCAUCAAAAUCUACUCGACAUCUUACUCACAAAUUCCCUCUUCCAGGUAGUGCGUGAAGUCACCCGACCGUCAUCUGGAAAUAUUCUUGAUCUGAUAUGCACUUCAAAUCCUGGUCUUGUGGACAAUGUUGAGGUGCUGCCCGGUAUCUCCGAUCACCAUCUGCUGACUUACACCGUUAAAUCAUGUCCCAAGCUCCAACCAAAGCCACCACGGAAGAUUCAUCAGUUCAACAAAGCAGAUAUCUAUCAACUUAAACAAGCUGCAAGAGACUUCUCUGAUGCGUUUCUCCUCUCAGAUCCUGAAAAACGUUCUGUAGAGACAAAUUGGAUGAUGAUCUCCAAUUUCCUCAGUAAAUGUUUGACUGAGCUUGUCCCGUCAAAGAUGAGCAGAGGUAGAAGAAAUCUCCCAUGGAUUACACAGGACAUUAAACAGAAAAUGAGGAAAAGAGACCGACUGUACAAGAAAGCUUGCCAUCAGAAUACUGGAGCUGACUGGGAAGUCUUUAGAAGGUUUAGAAACCAAGUAGCCAAGACUGUCCAUAAAGCUCAUGAUGAUUACAUCAAUAACAUCAUAGGAGCCAGCUUGAGUGAUAAUCCAAAAGCCUUUUGGUCUUACAUCAAAAGCUGCCGCACUGAACAGAUUGGAAUACCUCCCCUGCGCACAGCUUCAAAACUGUGUUCCGUAGCUGCAGACAAGGCUGAGGCAUUGAACAUCUUUUUCCACUCCAUGUUCACUCAAGAAAAUACUCAGAGUCUACCAUCAAAGGGCCAGUCUUCUUACCCAUCUAUUGGCCAUCUACACAUUGACAGGAGAGGAGUAGAAAAGCAGUUAAAGCAACUCAACCCGUCCAAAGCUAGCGGGCCUGAUGAAAUCCCACCCAAGCUUCUUAAGCUUAUAGCCUGUGAGAUUGCCCGUGUUUGCCUUUUUAUUUCAACAAAGUUAUAA